GCUACUCCCCCGCCUUAUUCCUCUUCACUCCUUCCCCUCUAAGGUACAUCGUAUACCCAUUCCACCGAAUGCAAAAACUCCACCUUUCUUGUUCACUUGCUCACCAGCAGCUCGACGAAAUCUCCCAACCUGAACUUUCUUGCUUUAACAACACCAUCAAUCGCCUCUCCCACCGUCGCUCCUUCUCCGAAGUGCUCCUAGUCUAUGUCACCAUUCUUCGAAAUGGCCAUCUUCCAAAUGGCUUGACUCUCCCAUGCAUCCUCAAGGCCUGCACAGCUCUCCCUGCCCUCGUCUUCGGUUGUGCCGUUCACGCCCAUAUCAUCCGCCUUGGCUUCGAAGCUGCCACCUUCAUCCAGAACGGAGUCAUUGUAAUGUAUUCAAGGUUUGGUGAGAUUUCGACUGCCCAUAAGGUGUUUGACUUGUUGUCUCUUCGAAAUGUGGUUUCCUGGACCUCAAUUAUGUCAGGUUAUGCUCAGAAUGGAUUCCCUCUAGAAGCUCUUUACAUUUUCCGAACAAUGAGGUUGGAUUCUCCUAUCAUUCCAGACUUCAUAGCAUUGGUUAGUGUUUUGAAGGCUUAUAUAGACGUUGGAGAUUUGGGCCAGGGAAGAUGCGUUCAUGGUUUAGUGGUGAAGUUUGGGCUUGAAGAUGAACCGGAUUUGCUCAUUACUCUCACUUCCUUGUAUGCAAAAUGUGGCCAGGUGAAUACUGCAAGGAAUAUGUUUGACCAGGUGCUUUCACCAGAGCUCAUCCUUUGGAACGCAAUGAUCUCUGGGUAUGCGAAGAAUGGCCAUGCGGAUGAAGCUGUGGAGCUCUUCAAGAAGAUGGUUGCAAGAAAAGUCAAGCCCGAUUCAAUCACGCUGCGAUCGGCUAUUCUGGCUUGCGCCCAAGUUGGAUCUCUUGAAGCUGCAAAGUGGAUUUGGGAGUUUGUUAGUAAUAGUGACUUAAAAGAUGACGUUUUUGUUAACACGGCCAUCAUUGAUAUGUAUGCAAAGUGUGGAAGUGUGGUUCUUGCUCGUAGAGUGUUUGAUAAUAUUCCUCACAAGGAUGUAGUUGUGUGGAGUGCUAUGAUCAUGGGUUAUGGAUUGUAUGGUCAGGGAAAGGAAGCAAUUUGUCUAUUCCACGAGAUGAUUCAAUCUCAGAUUAGACCAAAUGAUAUCACAUUUAUUGGGCUUCUUUCAGCAUGCAAGCAUGCCGGAUUGGUUCACGACGGUCGAAAAUAUUUUUAUUUGAUGAGAAACCAUGGAGUAGAGCCUCGGCAUCAACAUUACGCAUGCCUUGUCGAUCUUCUUGCUCGUGCUGGACAUCUUGAAGAAGCUUAUGAGUUUAUCAAAGGAAUGCCAAUGGCGCCAGAGGUAACCGUGUGGGGGGCUUUACUGAAUGCAUGCAGGAUUCAUGGUCAGGUGGAGCUUGGAAAAUAUGCUGCGGAAAGAGUUUUUGCUAUAGAACCAUGGAAUGCUGGCCACUAUGUUCAACUUUCCAACAUAUAUGCUUCUGCUGGUUUGUGGAAAGAUGUUGCAAGGGUUCGAGUAUUAAUGAGGGAAAGAGGAGCUACUAAGUCCAUGGGAUUCAGCUCUAUUGAAAUUAAUGGAAAGCUUCAAUCUUUUUAUGCUGGGGACAAGUCUCACCCAAGAUCAAAGGAAAUACUUGCAAUGAUGGAUGAACUGGAGAGGAAACUAAAAAAAUCUGGAUUUUUACCUCAUAUGGACUCUGUCUUGCAUGAUCUGGGCCCAGAGGAGAAGGAGCUAUCAUUGUGUAAUCACAGUGAGAGGAUAGCAAUGGCAUAUGGUCUUCUUUGCACUCCUCCUGGUACAACCCUUCGAAUUACAAAGAAUCUCCGGGCUUGUGUCAACUGUCACUCUGCUACUAAGCUUAUUUCAAAGCUUGUGGAAAGAGAAAUAAUAGUUCGAGAUGCAAAUCGUUUUCACCAUUUUAAAGAUGGUUUCUGUACUUGUGGUGAUUACUGGUGAUGGAUUUAGCAUUGAAUUACGAGAUCUUAGUUGUGGAAAACUACAUUAUGGGUAUGGGUGGAGCAUUGCUCUUCUGUUGAACAGGCCCAGAACUUCAGUUUACUGGAUGGUCCAUACCUUUUAUGGCUAACAAUAUCAAGUCAAAUGGAAGGCAAACAGUUUAACAUAUAUUGAGGAAUCCAUGAUUGACUAUUUUUUGGAACUGGAAGGAUAGUUUAAGAAAGAAUGUGAUGCAAGUGUAUAAUAAUUAUUCAGGUACAUGCAUAUGUUUUUUUUAAUAAUGCUAAACAGUUUAACAUAUAUUUUAAGGAAUCCAUGAUUGACUAUUUUUUGGAACU